AUGUCCUAUGUAUCAUCUAUUGAAUUAAGAAAAGUUCGUCCUGAAGCAGUCAAUGAAAAAAGUGUUAUUGAAUCCGUUGUUGAUCUAUUUCAUGAUGUAGUAGAAAAAGUUCCUCAAGCUUACUCAAUAUCUUCUCGUUCGGCUAACAAUGACCAAUUUGAAACAAUAGAAUGGAUACGUUUUCUUUCUAAUGCACAUGAAUGGCAUUCAUCAAUACGUAUUGAUACACUUGUUUUAUUAGUUGCAUAUAAAAGUGGUUUAUCAUUAUGGACAAUUGAAAAUAAUGGAAUAGCCAACGAGCUAUUUUCAAUUCGUGAACAUAAUUUAAGUUCUGUAUGUUUAUUAAUACCUAAUACAUAUCCAGAUGAUUCAUACUAUUCUCAACGUCCUUUAUUUGCAUUUGCUAAAUCAGCAGGACCACCAUCAAUACAAAUACGUUCAUUAAAAAAUGAUCAAAAACCACUAAAAAUUAUUAAUUUACCUGGUAUUGGCCCACAAAGUGAACCAUUAUGGAUUGAAUCAAAUAAAUCUGUACUUAUAUGUGCAACACAUACAUUUAUUAUUGGUUAUGAUUUAAUAAAAUUUGAUGAAAAAUUUUUUAUAACAAAUUGUUAUUCAUCAAUACCGUAUGCAUUAUCAACACGAUGGUUAGCAUUUGUUGAUUAUCGUCUUUAUUUAAUUCAUCAAUCUUUGGGUGGAAUUGAUGGUAAUAUAUCAGAACAAUAUGUAUCAUAUACAGGUGCAAUGUUAAGUGCAGCUAAAUCAUUAUCAAAAAGUGUUGUUAAAAUUGGUGAAAGUUUUUUUGGUUAUGGAAAUACUGGAUUGCAACAAUUGAAUAGUACAAAUAUGAAUGAUAAAACAGUACCAAAUCCAACACAAUCAUCACCGACAACAAUACAUAAUAGUAAUACAAAUUCAACACGACAUCGACGUGGAUCAACGAAAGAUGAAUCACAAGCGGGUAUUGUGACGGUUGUUGAUACAAUUAAAUUAUUUGGUUCAUCUAUUCAUGAUGAAAGACAAAAUUGGAUCAUUGCUCAUUUUCAAGCUCAUACAGAACCUGUUAGCCAUUUACAAUUUAAUCCUAGUGGACAUUUACUUGUAACAUGUGAUAUUAGUGGACAUUACUUUAAUGUAUUAGAGAUUCAAGCAUCGCCUUAUCGUUGUACUAGAACAUAUAUUAAACAUUUAUACACCUUAUUUCGUGGUGAUACUGAUUGUAUAGUUUCUCAUAUGACAUUCACUAUUGACAGUCGAUGGCUUGCUGUAUCAACGAAACGUGGUACAACCCAUCUGUUUGCAAUCAAUCCAUAUGGAGGUGUUGUCAAUGUUCGUACACAUACAAAACCUCAUGUUGUAAAUAAAACUAGUCGUUAUCAUCGUACUGCUGGUCUCGAUGAGCAACCAAUUCGUCAAACGAAUAACAUCAACAAUGAUAGUGGAAUAAAAAAUUCGCCGUUAAAUCCUCUAACUAAUUCACCAUCAAAUACAAUCAAUGGUCAUAAUAAUAACUAUUCAAGUUUAAUACGUACGAAACGAAUAAAUAAUGAAUGUAUUUUUUCAACAGCUGUUACAUUAAUUCGUCAGCCAACUGAUAGUUUUGUUAGUGGUCUUAGUGCACCAUUUAAUGUUGAUUCAUUAUGUCUGGCAGCUACAUUUGGAAUUUCACGAGGUUUUCUUAAUCCCGAAGAUAUGAUUAAUCUUCAAGAACAUACAUCUAGAGCAUGUAGCUCAUUGUUUAUAAUUAGUUGGCAUGGCCGUUUAAUUGAAUAUGUUCUUGAACCAAAAGCUGAUACAACUAAACAUGGUACACGUGUUACAUCUGAAACACCACUUGCACUCACAGUUACUCCAAAAGCACAAUGGAAACUUCAAAAAUUAAUUACUUGGCCAGAAGUUCGUAUGUCUAUUGGUUAUUCAUUUUUAGCUCAAGGACAUCGACCAAUAUCUGGAAAUAAAAUUCAUUCAAAAGAUGAUUGGCUUCGUCAGGUUGAAAUGAAUACGCAUGUUGGUCCACAUCGUCGUCUAUGGAUGGGUCCACAGUUUCAAUUUAAACAUUAUUCUGAAGCAACAGUUAGUGUUUGUCAUCCAAAUUCAAAUGUAUUUACAGCUGAUUCACCACAAACAUCAAUGAAUGUUGUAGAUGCAGAUUUAACUAGUUUACCAAUGGAAAGAUCGAAAUCUACGCCUGUAUAUGUACCAAAUAUGCAUAAAGAUAUUUCUCCAGCUUAUAUUGAAGUUGGUUCGGGUAGUUUUCAGGAUGCUCCAUCGUUGAGUAUAUAUGGAAGUUCCUUUGAUAGUUUAAAAUCUGAUUUAGAAGUUGAACUUGCAGAAAAACUAGCUGAUGCUGCUAUUGAUAUACCAUUAAAAAAUGUUGUUAAUGGUGAUACAACUGAUUCGUUAAGUUCAUCGAGUUGCAGUAGUACAGUCGUACGAUCGUUACAAACAAAUCAUUCAGCGGAAAAUAUAAUUCAAUUUGCUGAUAUGGCUGAUUAG